AUGGGCCCCGGGUGCGGGACGAAGACCUCCAUCGUCUUCUUCUUCUUUGUCUCCUCGUCAGUCUGGUCCUGCGGCCUCGUCGUGGUGGCUCACGGCGGGUGGUGGUGGUGGCCGCUGCAACCCGGCCACGGCGGCGGUGGCGGAGGUCCCGCCGCCGGGGAGACGGCCGGUAUAUGCGCGUCGACAGUGGCCCCCAACGGGUACAAAUGCCAGGAGUUCAAGGUAGGUCCUUCUUGUUCAUUCUCUUUCGUCGGAGCAGCUCCUCAUCGGUUGAAAUCGUCAUCGAUAGGUGACGACGGAAGACGGAUACAUCCUCACCAUGCAGAGGAUCCCUGAAGGCCGGAAUGGAGAUGGCGGCACCGCCGCGGUGGGACCCCGGCAGCCGGUGCUCCUCCAACACGGGGUUCUCAUGGUAUACAUUAAAAAUUAACAUUCCUAAUACAAAAGAAAGAUUCAGUACGUGAAGGGCGAUCCGUCGGCAUGCACAGGACGGAACGACGUGGGUGCUGAACUCGCCGGAGGAGUCUCUGGCUUACGUCCUCGCCGACGCCGGCUACGACGUGUGGAUCGCCAACGCGAGAGGGACACGAUGGAGCCGCCGCCACUCCACCCUCGACUCGUCAUCUCCGGUCAGUCCUCGGCAGCGGAGCCGUCAUCCCUUUCCUUUUUUGGUGGCCGUCUUCGGGGAGCUUCUGCUCCUGACUGAUGCGCCAAAUGGCAGGCCUACUGGCGGUGGUCUUGGGACGAGCUGGCGUUGUACGAGCUCCCGGCGACCGUUGGCUUCGUAUACCAGAAGACGGGGAAGAGGGUGGACUAUGUUGGCCACUCCAUGGUGGGUCUGGUCAGAAUUGCACUCCAUGAAGGAGCUUAGUGUUGGGAGGGACUAACUCUCUCUCUCUCUCUCUCUCUCUCUCUCUCUCUCUCUCUCUCUCUCUCUCUCUCUCUCUCUCUCUCUCUCUCUCUCUAUCUCUAUCUCUAUCUCUCUGUUGGGGGUGUUGCAGGGGACGUUGAUGGCGUUAGCGUCCCUUUCGGAGGGGAGGCUGGUGGACAAACUGAGGUCGGCCGCCUUGCUGAGCCCCGUCGCCUACUUGAGCCGAAUGACGACCCCCCUGGGGAUAGUAGCCGCAAGGGCGUUUCUCGGAGAGGUGAGAGCCAUGAGGAGUCCAUAAGCUCAUUAUUUGAGACAUAAAUCACUCUUUCUAUCUAUACUAUCUCACUCUCUCUAGAUAUCUAGAAAUCCAUCUCUCUUUAUCCACCGCUAGAUGUCUCUGUUUAUCCAUCUACCCCCCUCUCAACCAAUGUCUGUGCGUGUGAUACAUGCUUUCUCCAUGUAUAUCUGUCUCUCUUUCUCUUUUUCAGCUACGUCUACCUCUCUAUCUGUCAAAUCUCUCUCCGUAUCUCGCUCACUUACUUUCUAGAUAUCCUUGAACGUCUUUUUGUGUAUUUAUCUGUACCUAUCCAUCUGGCCUUACUCAUCUUUAUCCGUAGAUCCAUCUAUCUUCCAUCUCUCUCUCUCUCUCUCUCUCUCUCUCGCCGUACGUCUUUCUCCCUUUGUCUCUACUGCAUCUUACUUCCUUUCUAGCAAACUCUCCCGCUCUAACUCUAGCGUACGCACGCACACACGGACACAUAUAUGUAUACAUGUAUGUGAUACGUGUGACAACCUCCCUAUUUUCCUCUGCACCAGAUGCUGGCAUGGCUGGGGAUUUCAGAGUUCGACCCCAAGGGGUAAACAAGCCUCCCGGCAGAUCUCACUCUACCUGAAUCAAUAUUAUCCGCUGUGAACUCAACGAACUCCCUCUCUCAACUGUCGUUUCUCUCUCCUCCCGAAUUCAGGCUGCCGGUAACCAACUUCCUGAAGCUACUUUGCCUAGAUCCAAGUAUCGACUGCUACGACCUCAUGACCUCGUUAACAGGUAAACUAGUCCUCUCUCUCUCUCUCUCUCUCUUCCUCUCUCCCUCCCUUUCUAUCUCUCAACUCAUAUGUCAUUCUAGGCCUAAGUCUGGGAUUUUUGGAAGUUUGGCCCCGUGGUUAUCUUUCGGAUUUUUUCUCUGAGAUCUUAGCACAGACGAGGCUUUUCAUUAUAUUUGUAUAUUUAUAUAGUUAUAUGUCUCUAUAUAUGUAUGUGGGUGGCGUUGACUGUUCAAGUGUUCUACACUUGCAGGUAAGAACUGCUGCCUCAACGAGUCAACGGUAGAGCUCUUCCUGAACUACGAGCCGCAGCCGACGUCGACCAGGAACAUGGUGCACUUCGCUCAGAGUAAGUUCCACUGUACUCUCCCCCCAUGUGAAAGAACAUCGAGGGAGAGAGAGGGAUUCAUCGUCGUGUUUCCUGUCGGUGCCUGAAGCCUACCGGGACGGGGUACCGUCGAAGUUUGACUUCGGAGGGAGGGACGCGAACUUGCGGCAGUACGGGCAGGAGAGGCCCCCGGCGUACAACAUGUCGGCAAUAUCCGGCGAGUUCCCCAUCUUCCUCAGCUACGGUGGCCGGGACUUCCUCUCCGACGUAGAGGACGUCCGGCGCCUGCUGAUCGACCUCCGCUCGCACGACGCCGACAAGUUGACCGUCCAGUUUGUCCCGGAGUUCGCCCAUGUUGACUUUAUCAUUGGCGUCAGCGCCAAGACGGUCGUCUACGACCAGGUCCUCGCCUUCUUCCGCCGCCUGGGCUGA